AUGAUGGCUCAGUCUGCCUACCCUGAGUUGGUGCCAAUGUAUACGUUACCACAACAACCGCCCCAAACGCCUAUCAACGAGCCUCAUCUGUGCCAGCGGUGGUCUGGAUGCGAUUGCCACACGACUGAGUUUUCCAUGGCCUCCGUGCACCAGGAAGUCGAGAUUCAAGCCUAUCGGUUGUUCGACUCAACAGCAGGGACUACGUCAGACUUCUCGACGGCCACUUGGGCAACCCAACGCGAAUCGUGGCCUACGUACCAGCAGUCAGACUUCCAGCCACCUGAAACCAUGACAUACAGUUCACACCAUCUAUGGCCAAAUCCCGUUGACAGUCCUCCUAUCCCAGGCCAAAUUUGGCAGUACACACCCGAUUUUCAACUCCAGGCUAGCCCGGCCCCAGGAACAACGGCAACAUGCCAUACGCCGAGGGUGUCUAAAAGUCGACAGCCGGAAUCGAUGAGUCAACCACCCAUGAAGAAGACACGUCUUGUAGCGAGAGAGCACGUCUCACCGAUGUAUAUGGCUUCUUUCGACGCAAACACGAAUGGCACCGAGGCCGCCAACGAGCACAAGGAAAGUGACCAUGACACUUGCUCUUCACCAAGACCGGAAGGGAAAAAGACGUAUCGCGUCAAGAACCGAGCCGCCGCAAAGCGAUGCCGCGAGAAGACAAAACAGCAUGAGCUAGAUCUCGCCGCUCAAGAGCAGCGAGUCACACAGGAGCGAAUGUAUCUCGAUGCCUGUGUAUCUGCGCUCAAAAACGAGGUUCUGGUUCUGAGAAGCCAGAUUCUCGAACACGGGGACUGCGACUGCGAGAUGAUACGAGGAUAUAUUGCAAGAACAGCCAACAAUGUCAGCAUCGGGCUUCAUGGAGAACGCCAGCUGGUUUAG